AUGGAAGAGAUCAGGGAACACCGUUCUAACAAGAAAGCAGUAAAGAAACAAGACGGUUUUUAUAGCUUGAAGAGUGUAACGCAACGAAGACGACAUACUACAGCAGGUUGGGACUUUUAUGUCACUUGGAAAGAUGGUUCCUCGAACUGGAUACCUUUGAAAGACAUGAAAGAGUCCUUCCCAAUUGAAGUGGCAGACUAUACAAUAAGCAAGGGCAUUCAAGACAAACCCGCUUUUGCAUGGUGGGUACCACACAUUGUUCGAAAACGCGCACGAUUCCUUGGCAUGGUCAAAUCAAAGUACUGGGAACGUACACACAAGUACGGGAUACGUAUCCCAAAAUCAAUCAGAGAAGCCAUCAAAAUCGACAAAGAGAAUGGGGACACCUUAUGGGAGGAUUCGAUCCAAAUGGAAAUGAAGAACAAUCAAAUAGCCUUUGAAGAAUUCGAUGGGGAUGUUGAGAAGUUGAUGGGAUACAAGAAAAUCACGGGACACUUGGUAUUUGAUGUGAAAUUGGGAGAAAACUUCCGAAGGAAAGCCAGGGAUAUGCCGCAAUUUGUUGUGAAUCUGAGCAUGCAUGCGUGA